GAUUCACGAAUCUAGAAAGUCACGCGUCCAAACCGCAAAGACUCCUUCAGAAAAAUGGCGUCCAAACUCCCUACUUUCCCUCGCACAGUCUUCACAAUCAUCGAGCCCCUCUCCACUGCGGCAGGAUAUCUCGGGCCCCUCCUCGCACCGGCAUCCUUCGUCUCCUCCCAAAGCCCCUUUGAGCCGCCUCACCCGCUCUACCUCACUGAACACGUGCUCGCCCUGCAGCUGGGGAACUGCUACGGUCUACUGGCCUUGCUUGGUCUUUUCAUCCUCAACACGACAGAUGAGCUCAAAACAGUACGGGCCUAUCUGCUCGCACUCUGGAUCGCGGAUAUCGGUCACAUUGUCGUGACGCUGUGGGGACUCGGGGCGGAUGGGUGGAGCGUGAGUAGCUGGAACGGAAUGGCGUGGGGAAAUGUGGGGUUUACAGCUCUUCUGUUUGCGGUGAGGAGCAUCUACUUCCUUGGAUUGUUUGGGGGGGACGACGACGACGACGACGAGAAGGCAGAGAAGGUGAAGAAGGUGUGAUGUGUUUCGGGAUGUAGAAAUUGCGUGGAGGGGAGCGCACCGGCAAAAGUUCACUUAAGAUUGUCAUUGAACCGAAUGCACAUGAAGUAAAUGUAUAAGACAAGGAGCCUACUACUUACACAUCCGCAGCUAUGUACAGGGGCGUAAUUGAAUAUUGUUUAACUGCC